GAUGGUGGGGGUGGUGGAGGGAUGUAUGGUUAAGUAAACCGACUGAAUGCUGAAAAGCCUGGAUACAGUGGACAUGGAGUGGAUGUUUCCAUUAGACAGCGAGUCUGUGAUCUGACAGCACUGUCUCAGAGUAAAGAUGCUUUUCUUUAAAACUGAGAUGAGAAAAAAGAAAUUGGCCUUAAGGUGUCUGAUCUGUGGAAUUUGUUGCCACAGAGGUUGGUUGAGGCUCCAAUUUGGAUAUAUUUGUGACAGAUUAAUAUAUUCAUGAUUGCUGAGUAGCUUCAGGUUUACAGGGGGAAGACAGGGAUAUGGUGUUGGAAUAAAAAUCAGCCGUGGUUGAAUGAUGGGCAGACCAGAUGUAUCGAAUCACCUAAUUCUGUCUUAUGUCUUACCAUGACUGAAUGAUGGCUCCUUCUUAUCCCAUAUCGUUCUGUGAGAUGUGAGGGACAAUAAAAGUUUGUUCACUGAGAUCGUUAAAUCUGCCUUCAGUGUUUAAAUUUCAGUGAGUUUUGUUCUUAGUAACAUUAAGCAGAAAAGUUUAGUUCUCCUUUUCAUUAUUAAUGUGCUUCAUUGUCUCUCUGGUUAAAGUUAGACCUGUGGUGAGAGAUUUAUUGGAAGAAAAACAGCAACUGGAGGCAAACCACGACUGAAGACGAGGGAACAGCAACAAGUGUACCAGCCCGAGGACUGAGAGCACCGACUGGAGAGAAACCAAUCUGACUCGGAGAUUCCAGUGAUUCAGUCAGGAGAAUGUUUGGUUAAAAUCGACCAGGAAUUUGUCUAUGGGAAUUCAAACUCAACACACCAGUUGUGCUGUCUCUGUCUAGAUAUUUAAGGAGCAAGAGAUUCAAUCAGCCAUCCUUCCUGCUCAGACUUUGCGGAGGGAUUCACUCGGUCAUCUGACCAAUUGACACGUCCAUCAUUUUACACGGGAGAGACCAUUCACCUGCUCAGACUGUGGGAAUGGAUUCACUCGGUAAUCUCAACUGAAGCUACACACUGGGCAAGGCCAUUCAUCUAUUCUGUGAGUGGGAAGGGGUUCAGUCGGUCUUCCCACCUGUGGACACACCAGUCAGUUCACACGGGGCAGAGACUGGUCAUCUGCUGAAUUUGUGGGGAAGGAUUCACUCGGUCAUCUGAUCUAAUGGCUCACCAGCGAGUUCACACCGGGCAGCGGCUGUUCGCCUGCUCAGACUGUGGGAAGGGAUUCACUUGCUCAUCUAAACUGAAGGUACAUCAGCGAGUUCACACUGGGGAGAGGCCAUUCACCUGCUCAGACUGUGGGAAGGGAUUCACUUGCUCAUCCACACUGAAGGCACUCAGUCAUUCAUCCACCCUACACAGUCACCAACGAGUUCACACUGGGGAGAGGCCAUUCACCUGCUCAGAUUGUGGGAAAGGAUUCAGUCAUUCAUCCACCUUACAGAGACACCAGCGAGUUCACACUGGGGAGAAGCCAUUCACCUGCUCAGAAUGUGGGAGGGGAUUCACUCAGUCAUCUGAUCUACAAAACCACCAGCGAGUUCACACUGGGGAGCGGCCAUUCACCUGCUCAGUCUGUGGGAAGGGAUUCACACAGUCGUCCAAACUAUUGGCACACCAGUCAGUUCACACUGGGGAGCGGCCGUUCACCUGCUCAGACUGUGGGAAGGGAUUCACGCUGUCGUCUAAUCUACUGAGACACCAGCGAGUUCACACUGGGUAGAGGCCGAUCACCUGCUCAGUCUUUGGGAAGAGAUUCUCUCGGCCAUCUCCACCAAAUGUGCAUGAUUGUCAAGUCAAAUUUGAGUUUCAGGAAGGUAUCAAGGAAGAGCAAGAAUUCACUGGCAGAGAGGACGGAACCUACUGCCUGAGGGCGGUUUCUGCCCAGAACAUUUGGGCGGACCCCGCAGCGUCACAGUGGCAGUCCGAGAGCAGCGUCACAACCCGCGGUAAGAUGCCGAACUUUAAAUAAUUGUUGAGACUGUUUCAGGGAAAGGAACACUGCUGUCACUGCGUUUGGUUUAACUCCGCUAUCGGGAUCAUCGCAUGCAGGCACUUCUUGAAAAUGGCGCAAGGCUUAAGAAGUGCUUGCGAACCUUCGAGAGAGUUCACCCAGUUUGGAACCAUAACGGUCCAGUAGAGAAACGGAGGUGCACGUCCAAAAUUGUCUCCGAAGUCCGAGAGGCAGCCAGUUUUUCACCUAAUCCUAAUGCUAAUGCUACUGCCACUGCCUUAUGACUAACCUUGACUAGACUAAUGACUGACAUGACUGAUUAUUUAUGACUACUGACUAAUAACUAAGAACUAUGAAAUGCCACACUUGUGAAAAUAAAAAUAAAAAAUGGAAAAGAAGGAAAGUUGUUUGGUCAUUGAAUGGAAUCCGGUUAAAACCUUCGGGUAUUCAGUCCCGUUCGAGUGUGGAAGCUGCACAUGUGCAAAGGGAGCAGUGAAAAUACUGCUAGACAAAACUGUUUGACUCGGAAACUGGAGGACCAGGAAACAGAAAUCUGUGAGCUUUGAGCUGGAACAGCAAGAGCAAUAAACUGUAGUCCUGAAAAAGGAAGGAAGGAGAAAGGAGGAUGCUGAAAUACUAACACCAACGGAGUUGGGCUUUUCCUCCAAUUUUCCCACGCCAGCCAUCAGACUGAAACCGACGGCCCUUCCCAAGUUUCCUGGCAGCAGACGUGAUUUUCACAGGUGGAGAAAGGACUGGGAAGCACUCCAGAGGCAGAGAGAGCCGACCGGUUCAAGAGAGGUGAAAAAGAUUCAACUGCUGGACAGUCUUGACCACAAAGUCAGAAGAGACCUUCGCCUCAAAACUUAUAAAACUGCAGAUGUCAUCUUUCGUGUUCUAGAAAACCGCUAUGGAAAUCGAGCGUGGAAAUCAGAAAUGGAUAGUAUUGGUGCAGCAUGCGAGCCAAAAUGCGGGGGUUGUGGCUGCGGAAACUGCCAGCCGGGCGGCAAAGGAAUGACUCUUGCUGAAGAGAGGGAACGUAUACAAAUUCAUAUACAAAAAAAAUCAAAGCAAUAGUGAUAAGGGAGAAAGAAAGGUAUGAAUAUUGACUUCUCUAACUUCCGUUAAUGCCCCUCCUCCCCUUCUUACCCCAUCCCUGACAUACUGAGUUGCCCAUCAUGCCACCUGUUCUCUAUCUCCCUCUGGUGCUACCCUCCACCUUUCUUCCUCCCUAGGCCUCCUGUCCCAUGAUCCUUUCCCUUCUCCAGCUCUGUAUCACUUUUGCCAAUCACCUUUCCAGCUUUCAGCUUCACUCCACCCGCUCCGGUCCUCUCCUAUCAUUUCACAUUUCCCCCUCCCCCACCUACUUUCAAAUCUCUUAGUACCUUUCCUUUCUGUUAGUUCUGACGAAGGGUCUCGGCCAGAGACGUCGACAGUGCUUCUCCCUAUAGAUGCUGCCUGGCCUGCUGUGUUCCACCAGCAUUGUGUGUGUGUUUGAAUUUCCAGCAUCUGCAGAUUUCCUCGUGUUUGCACAAUACUUCAUAUUAUGGAUCAUAAAUACAAAAAAGUAAAAUCAAAGCAAUAGUGAUAAGCGUGGACGCUGAAAAGGCAUUUGAUUCGGUUAAUUGGAAAUUUCUUUACAGAGUUUUACAUAGAUUUGGUUUCCAUAACAAUUAUUAAAACUAUACAGGCACUAUAUGACAACCCUACUGCUAGGAUUAAAAUCAAUGGAUAUUUAAUCAAAUAGUCUUACCCUAGAAAGGGUCACAAGACAGGGUUGUGAAUGGUCAGCACUACUCCUCGCGUUAUAUCUGGAACCAUUAUCUCAAUACAUGAGACAAAAUGGGGAAUUACUAGUAAAGGGACAGAGCAUAAAUCGGCUUGU